AUGACAGAUUUGAGGUCCCCGGAGAAAAAUAUUGGCCAACUCCAGUUACCUGCGUCUGAGUCGAAUCAUUUCUCGUCUCUACCCUCUAAAAAUGUAGUUUCCACCCAGAGCAUGCAGGUGGAUGGGAGGCCUUUGCUUUAUCCUGUGGAGGAUUGCUACCCAAUACUCAUCGCCUUGCAUCUAUCUGGAGAAUCCUUCAUCCAUCGGAGAGGAUUUGUAGAGGUGGAAGGAAGAGUAUUGGAGAAUGGGUUUGAUCUUGAUGUUUAUAUUGGGUCUGCAUUGAUUGAUAUGUAUGCCAAGUGUGGGAGCUUAGAUAGGUCACUUUUGGUGUUCUUCAAGUUGCGGGAAAAGAAUCUGUUUUGUUGGAAUUCAGUAAUUGAAGGGCUUGCAGUUCACGGAUAUGCAUAUGAAGCACUAAAGAUGUUUAGUAGGAUGGAGAGGGAGAAGAUCAAACCAAAUGUGGUCACUUUUAUCAGUGUUCUGAGGGCCUGCACACACGCAGGAUUAGUUGAAGAAGGCCUUCGGAGGUUUCUGAGCAUGGGCAGUGAUUAUUCGAUCCGGGCAGCCAUGAAAUAUCUAGGGGUAGAAAAGAGUAGUCCUGGAUCCAGUUGGAUUGAAAUGGGAAGGAAGAUUCAUCAGUUUGCAGCAUCUGAUAAAACUCACCCAGCUUAUAAUGAAAUUUACUUGUGCUGGCUUAGUUGGAUGGGCUGCUGA